CCUGACCCCCCCUUCUCCCCCAGCCUCAUCCCCACCGCCUUCCUGGGCACGGCCGCCAUCUUCGGCUGCUUCUCGCUCAGCGCUCUCUACGCCCGGCGCCGCAGUUUUCUCUACCUGGGAGGUUUCCUGCUCUCCGGCCUCACCCUGCUGCUGCUCUCCUCCCUGCUCAACGCGCUGCUGGGCUCCGUGUGGCUCCUCACGGCCAACCUCUACGUGGGGCUGAUGCUGAUGUGCGGCUUCGUGCUGUUCGACACCCAGCUGAUCAUCGAGAAGGCAGAGAGCGGGGAUAAGGACUACAUCUGGUGGGUGGGGGCUGGGGUGCUAUGGGGCGCUGUGGGGUGGCUUAGGGGUGCUGUGGGGUGGGGUUGA